AGAAAAUGUUUUUCAUAUUCUAUAUGAUGAUGUAAUAGAUAGUUGCUGAGGAGUAUAACAUCUCUGAAAUUACACCGCUAUUAUUGAUAUAUAGAUAUCACGGAGAGUGGAAAUCCGAAACAAAUAAUGUUUAAAAUAGCAUUUCUAUAAUAGCCAUUUAAUUAUUUAGAAUAGACUAAAGGAGAAACAUUUAUUUAAAUUGUCUAGCAAGAUUAAGAAGAAAAAGAUCUCUCAAAUAGGACUAUAUAUACAAUAACUAUGAUGUUUCUAGAUCCUAUUUAUUUUGAUGAAAAAAUUGUUUUUGGGAUUUUUAAUGUUAGCGAUAUUAAUUAAACAAAUUUGUAAUGACAUAUAAUAUGUAUAGAUCCUGGAAGGGGAAUACAGAUUUUGUUUAUUUUAAAUAUUACAAAGAAAGAGGAGGAAACCCAAAUGUCACUUGUAAAAUGAAUCAUGACAUAAAAUUAAAUUAUCAAAAAGGUAUAUUAACAUUUUGAUGCAUAAUAGAUGAAAUAGAUUCUAAAAAAUUAAAUUUUACCAUUUAAUUAAGUAGUAACUAGUAGGAUAACGAAGAUUGUAAUAUAGAAAUAUUCUCAGAAUAUCAGAUUUAUUAAUCAAAUACUUAUAAAUAGGUGCUUUUUUACAGUUUGAUGUUAAAUGUCUUAUGUGCAAUAUAAUAUUUUUGUGUUAAUAGAUUAAUAGAAAAUGUUUUGAGAGAUGAAGAUAAUUCAAUUGUUUAAAAAGUAAGCUUAAUUAUAAUGUAUAGAUUUCAAUUUUCUGUGUGGGUUUUGUAACAAUAUAUGAUACAUUUUUAGCAUUUAAAAAUUUAAGCUUUGCUUUUGGACAAAUGGUAUAUUUAAAUAUAUAUAUAUAGUAUUUCUAAUAUUUCAUUUUGCCUGCAUUUUUCUUUUUUAUGCUGACGAUGAAUUGUGAUUUAAAAUUAUUAUGGAUUAUUUGCAGAUUAAGAUUUUAAGAAUAAUUCUAAGAUUAAUAAAGUUAAAGACAAUUUUUAACGAAAUUUUUCAUUAUCUAUUGUAAAAUAUAAAAUUUAUUCUAUUAGAUGUUUCUGUAUUAACUAUGUUUUUAUUGUUGGAAGAAUAUGAAUUGUAUAAUUCAUUUUUAUUGAUAAUUGGUUUUUUUAUGACACCUUAAAUAAUUCAUAAUUUUAGAGAAGGAACGAAUCCAAAAUUUAUGCCAGAAUAUAUAUUUGGAUUUUUAUCUAUAAAUAUUGCAGUUCCAGUAAAUAAAUUUAAUAGUUUAAGCUAUACUUUAGAGGAUAUCCAAAUAAUUUUAGAAGAUUAAAACCUUCAAUCGAAUUUUGUAUUUGUUGGGUGUUGGUCUAUUUAGUUUAAAUUUUAAUUUUAUAUAUCUAAUUUAAAAAAGGUCCUCGUAAGAUUAUUCCAAAAUGUUUAUUACCAAAAUAAUACAAUUAUUUUUAAGAUUAUAAACCUUUAGAUCAAGAAGAUUGUGCAAUUUGUUUAUUACAUUUGAUGAUUGAACCAAACUAAUAAGAAUAAGAUUUAGAUAGAAUGUUAGUAAGCAAAGUUUUAAUGAUUACUCCUUGUGGACAUAAAUUUCAUCCUUAUUGUUUAAAAACUUGGCUUGAAGUCAAAUUAACUUGCCCUACUUGUCGAAAUACUAUACCUGCAAUUUGUGAAUGAAUUGAGACG